UCGUGAUCAGCGCUAUUGUGAACGCAGCCCGGGGAGUAUAAAAAGCGCGCGCACCUCUACCGCUCACAACACGGAGCAAAGCGGACUUCUCAGGUGUUCUUGUCUGUCUAUCAACAUGAGGGCUGUUGUAGUGGUACUUGCUCUGGCAGUUAUUGCUGGCUGCCAUGCUCGUGCUGUGCCCCAGGCUGACCAGCCUCUGGCCAGAUGGGAAGAGACAGUGGAUCAAUUCUGGCAGUUCAUCUCAGAGCUUAACACUCAUACUGAUAGUAUGGUGGAGAACAUGAAGAGCUCCCAGCUCAGCAAGGAACUUGAUACUCUGAUCACUAACACCAUGGCUGAGCUGAACGUGUACAGGGCGGACAUCGAGACCAAACUGGGCCCCUAUGCAACGGACGCCUCAGGCCAGCUGAAGCAGGAUAUGGAUCUGCUGAUCAGCAAGCUGCAGACUGACAUGCUCGAUGCCAAGGAGCGCUCCAACCAGUACCUAACUGAGCUGAAGUCCAUGAUAGAUCAGAAUGCAGAUGACGUCAAGAACCGUAUCAACACCUACACUCGUAAGCUCAAGAAACGCCUGGGCAAGGACACCGAGGAGAUCCGCAACACUGUGGCCACUUACCUGGGUGAGCUGCAGUCCCGUACCCAGCAAAAUGCUGAGGCAGUGAAGAGCCACCUCGAGCCCUACACAAAGGAGGUGCGUGAGGGCAUCAGCACGAAGUUGGGCACCCUCACCGAGCUGCUGCAGAGCCAGUCUCAGGGUGUGAGCCGGCAGCUGGAGGAACAGGCCAGUGUGCUGAAGCAGCAGCUGGAGCAGACUGCCGACAGCCUGCGCACUUCCCUUGAGGGCCGCAUUGAGGAGCUCACCAGCCUCCUGAAUCCCUACACUGAGAAGAUCCGUGAACAGCUCCAGACUGUCAUGGAAAAGAUCAAAGAGGCCUCAGCUGCUCUCCCUGCCCCACUGUAAAGCCACCAAUUAUAACACGUUGUACCACAUACUGGGAGAGCAAGUGGGGAUAUUAUUAGUCUAAUAAUGUUUGUUACUGAUGCUUUAUAGUCUUCACUGUUUGAUAGGUAAACAAGAAAGGGAAAGAACUGGACAUAGCUUCUUACUGAAACAUGGAAUACUGUUUAUUAAUCACCAUGUGGGCUUUCUCAGUAUUAAUCCACUCAAUAAUACUUCUUAAAGUGCAAUAGUAUAACUACCUUGGCUAGUCAUGUUUCUCAAAUCUUCUACAUUGCAUAUAGGUGUGCAUUUUGGGACGAGAGCACGUUUACAAAAUUAGUUUGAUAGUACAAGCAAACCUCAUGAAAUACUGUCCACCAUUUCAAUCAUAAAAUCUGCAAAUAAAUGUCUGACUGCUGUUUUUGAACCUGUAUGCAAUAAAAAUUGGUAAUGGAUCAAA